AAAUAUCCAGGAAAGAUGGAAGGCCUUUUCCGGCAUAAUCCGUACACGGCCUUCCCUCCCGCAGUGCCCGGCCUACCUCCGGGCCUCCCGCCGGCUGUCUCCUUUGGCUCCCUGCAGGGGGCCUUCCAGCCCAAGAGCACGAACCCCGAGCUGCCACCACGACUGGGGCCAGUGCCGAGCGGGCUUCCCCAAAAGGGGACACAGAUCCCUGACCAUUUCCGGCCACCUUUGAGGAAACCAGGGAAGUGGUGUGCCAUGCACGUGCGCGUGGCUUACAUGAUCCUGAGACACCAGGAAAAGAUGAAGGGCGACUCCCACAAGCUUGACUUUCGGAACGACCUCCUGCCCUGCCUUCCGGGGCCCUAUGGGGCCCUGCCCCCUGGGCAGGAGCUCUCCCACCCGGCCGCCUCCCUCUUCACUGCGACUGGUGCCGUCCACGCUGCAGCCAACCCUUUCACGGCAGCUCCCGGGGCCCACGGACCCUUUCUGAGCCCCAGCACCCACAUUGAUCCCUUUGGGCGUCCCACAAGCUUCGCCUCCUUGGCUGCCCUCUCCAACGGGGCCUUUGGAGGCCUGGGCAGCCCCACAUUCAACUCCGGCGCCGUCUUUGCCCAGAAAGAAAGCCCAGGGGCCCCACCAGCCUUCGCCUCCCCCCCAGACCCAUGGGGCCGCCUGCACCGCAGUCCUCUGGCCUUUCCUGCCUGGGUCCGGCCCCCUGAGGCUGCCCGGACACCAGGUUCAGACAAGGAGCGGCCUGUGGAGCGGAGGGAGCCCUCUCUCACUAAGGAGGAGAAAGACAGGGACCUCCCCUUCUCACGGCCCCAGCUCCGAGUUUCUCCUGCUACUCCCAAGGCGCGGGCUGGCGAGGAAGGGGCCAGGCCAGCCAAGGAAUCGGUAAAGAGAAAGAGAGAGAGAGAGAGAGAGGCCGCCGCCGCUGCUGCCGCCGCCGCCGCCGCUGCUGCCGCUGCCGCUGCCACCACCACCGGGCCUCAAGGUCUUCACCUGCUGUUUGAGAGGCCCCGGCCACCCCCCUUUCUGGGCCCUAGUCCUCCAGAGCGCUGUGCUGGCUUCCUGGAGCCAGCCUGGUUGGCAGGGCCCCCUCGCCUCUCUAGGCCACCCCGCUUCUAUGAGGCGGGUGAGGAGCUGACUGGACCAGGGGCUGUGGCUGCUGCCCGCCUCUACGGUCUAGAGCCUGCCCAUCCCCUGCUAUACAGCCGCUUGGCUCCACCGCCGCCACCAACUGCGGCCCCGGGAACCCCUCACCUUCUCAGCAAGACCCCGCCAGGAGCCCUUUUGGGGGCACCACCUCCGCUUGUGCCCGCCCCUCGGCCUAGUUCCCCACCUCGGGCCCCUGGCCCAGCCCGGGCUGACAGGUGA